AGAGGCAUGUUACCUACUUCUUGCAGCACAUUGAGGCCCAAAUAUUGGAAUAAAGGUUCACAACGGCAUGAACCAUACUUAUUGCUUGCGGCGUAGCCUAAUUCCAUCCCCUGAGACCAAAGUUCGGCCAACAACUCCAAGCUUUCCCCAAUUCGUCUCAGUCAUCUGACAUUCAAAGGAACUACACUUCGUUCUAUCAUUCUCGCGAAUAACAAAUCUCAACGAAGUCAUGACCAAAUUCACUUGGCUUAUCACCGGGGGUUUCGGCGAAGAGCUUGUAAGUUUUUCUUAGCAUUCUCGAUCGAACCUAUUUACCGUUCGAGGAUCCACGAAUCGUAACAGACGCUUGAAGUGACUGAUUCGCAGGCUGAACUCUAUGCGGGAGUCCGGGACGCUCUCAAGAUUUACGACGACGUGGAUGUCCUGCUCAAGAGCGCUAGUUACAUUGAGGCUGGGCGAACUGAGGAUAUCACGUCGGUUUCCUACAGAAUUCAUAACUAUUAGACUGUUAACAACUGAUGCGUUUCUUUUUAGCCAUGGAAGGCUCGUGGAUAUUUAAAUCAAUAUAUUCCUUUA